AUGGCUCAAAUUAUCUCGGAUACCCGCUUGAGCCCGCGCUGGACAAAUACUUGCACGUUUGUCAUCGACAAGGACUUCGUUGAAUGGGCUAUCAUCGAGUCUAGUUUUCCAGAUGCCAACGUGCUACUGUGUCAAUAUCAGGCUAUGACGUACUGGAAGACUAAGGUUCUCUCUCGUCGAUGCUAUAAUCUCACACUCAGUCAGCGUGACGUCCUCGAGACAAUGGUUGUGGGAAUGCUGAAGAGCAAGAUCGACCUUUUCACGAGUGACUGGAUUUGGAAAAAAUAG